AUGGCGAAAGUUAAGGAUGAGAAUUAUGUCUCUGAGUCUUCAUCUGAAGGCAAAGGUAGUUUGGAGCAAAACAAUCGGAAAUUUCAAGUUCAGUGUCGUCGAAGGCUUGUUCAAAAGAAAAUUCAGUUUGACAAGAAGAAUCAGCAGACCAAAGGCUAUGGAGAACACUCGCAUGUCAGAUGCCCGAUAACUCGUUCUAGUGCUCAGAAGAAGCGAUUUUCUCAGAAGAAGGCUAUGGAGCUAAACGAAGAUGCUAAGGGGAAGAAGAAGGUUAAAUAUCCAGAAGACAUCGAUUCUGAUUUUGAAGUUGAAAAAUGUAUUCCUGUGGAUGAAGAAGAAAGUGAGGAUGGCUCUGAGGCUAACAAAUCAGCUUGGAGGAGGUCCAAGGGUAACGCACAUAAGCAUAAAUCGAUUUGUUCCGAGCUUGACGAUGAAGAUCUCAGUAAUAAACACCAAAGAGAACACAAGGAUUGGGAAUUGAUUGUUCCAAGCUCAAGAGCAUUGACCGUGAAGAUAAUCAACAGCAAUGAUAACAGUCGUUCUACCACACCUAUUGCUGACAUUAAGCGUUUGUUGUCCAAUGAUCAAUUGAAGGUGUUUAGAAAUUCUGCUUUUGGUAAAUUUAUCGACCUACCUCAUUAUAAGGUUCAGAAUCAACUUGUUAAUUUGAUUUCAUUACGAGAAGUACACCAACCGAGGUUGGAUGAAAUGUGGUUUGACUUUGGUGGGAAGAUCAUGAGAUUUGGGGUCGAGGAGUUCACUGUGAUAAGUGGUCUGAAAUGUAAUGGCUUGUGUAAAAAGCUUUGUUUUCCUCCCGUUCCUGAUGGUCUUUUUGACAGAUAUUUCGCCAAUGUUGGCUUGAACCGUCACUCUAUUAAAUGGCUAUUUCUUAACAGAGCGUGGAUAAACGACCAUGAUGGAGUGAAACUGGCCAAGCUUCACUUGCUUGCGAAUUUUCUCAUGGGGGCUCAGGAUAAUCUUUUGUUUGAUAGGCGUUUGUUAGAUAUUCUUGAUAGCCAAGACUGUGAUAACUAUCUGUGGGGUAAAGAGGUGUACGACUACACCAUUGAUUAUCUAAAGAUGUCAUCUCGAAACGAGGAGUCUUUCCUGAAGAAAUUAGAUGGCGCUGAAAAAAGAGUAUAUCUCUAUAGGAUUCGCGGGUUUAUUCUAUCGCUUCAGGUGUGGUUUUAUGAGGGAUUAAAUGGUGGACAAGGUGCUAAGCCCAACGAUGAUCCAAGAAAUAGUCGUCAUCAAGAAAACGUUGGGAUCCACAAGGAAGUUGAUGUUGGAAUUGACAUUCCCGAUGCUAUUGAAGGUCUUGAGAUUGGUAUACGGGGUAACCAGAAUUUGGGUGAUCUUGUGUCGGUGGUCGAUAUUCCAUUUGAGAAAAUCAAACGUGUAAAAAAAGGACGAGUUAUUUGUAAGUCAUGCCCUUUUGACACCGAGUUUUGGGACACGAUGCGUUUUGAUUUAACUUCAGAGUUCUUUGAGUGGUUCAAGGUGGGUCAGCUUAAGAAUCGCCGUAAGAAAAAUGAAGGGUUCGUGUACUAUGACAAGAAGAACACAACCUUAAUCCCCCCAUUUGAUUUUAAUGUUGCCGUGGUUUCGGAUAAGAAUUGGUUCUACACCUUGUUUGAAUACAAUUGUUUCCUUGAUGGUAGUCAUAUGGAUGUUUUGUUUUAUUACAUCCGAAAGAUUGGUCUGUAUGCUCUUGAGCCUUCUCAGAAAUUCACUACUACGGAUAACUUUUUCGACCAACAGAUGAAGUCACUGUAUUCUCGCUAUAUUGUUAGCUCAUGUGACCCGGGAAUAUGUACGAUCGACAGUGUCAUUGUCGACUACAUAUUUGGAUUCAAAAUUCUAUGUGGGAAGUCAUGGCUCCAUGUUGAUUACGUACUCUUUCCGAUUCAUGUUAAGUUGGAAGGUGUCGGCCAUUGGAUAUUAGGGAGGUUGUCGUUCCAAACUAGGACGUUGAUGAUUUAUAACUCCUAUCGAUCGACUGAUUUUGAUCAGGUUGUGCUAGAGAGUGUCAAGCGAUAUUCCAUAUUGAUCCCCAUAUUUCUUGCUUUGGUUAAAUUUGUCCCUAGACGUGCUGACAUCAAAACAAACAUUGGUCCGUACUCGGAAAAGGCAGAGAAUGAUCCUCUUGAUGUCAUUUUCGUGGAAGAUUUGCCCCAGCAGCAAUUCUGUGAUUGUGGCGUGUUCGUUGCUUCGUUUGCGGAGUAUAUUGUUUUUAAUGUGCCCAUCAAUGCUGCUAACUUUGACGUUGAUAUCGAACGGUUAAGGUUUUCAUACCUAUUGUACACACAUGGAAAAAUGAAGCAGGAAAAAGAUUCCGAGAGUGAUGAUGAUUCGCCUGGUCCGAUGCCGGCAAAUUAUCGAAGUUUGCUAGUACUUCCCUAUACUAAUUAG